CGCACGUCUGUGAGGGUUGCCACCACCGAAGAAGAAGUCUGUAUCGCCCGGAAGAAGAAGAGCAUUUGGCGGGUAUUUCGGUUGUUUUCACGACCUCAGGUGUGCGAUGGCGUCGACCGAGAGCAGGUUCGCUCACCUGCUUCAGCCAAUCAGAGAGCUGACCAAGAACUGGGAUAUCGACGUGGCCUCGGAGCUCAACGACUACCUGGAGGAGUUGGAUGAGAUGUGCAUCACGUUCGAUGGGGGGAAGAUCCGUCUGAAUUUUGCGGAGGCGGCGCUGGUGAUCCAGGGCUCGGCCUGCAUCUACAGCAAGAAGGUGGAGCUGCUGCACAGCCUGGUUUACCAAACUCUGGAGUACAUCAACAACAGGAACAAGAAACAUAACAAGCAGCAGACGGCGUCUCAGGAGGAUGGAGAGGACAGAGACGAUGAGGACGUGGCCGUGUUUAACCUGCUGGACGUCGACGACUCGGAGAACUCCCAGAGCGAAGAGUCCAACACCACGGUGAGCUGUACUCCUCUUCCUCCGGAGACUCUGAUUCCUCCUGAAGCCUCGGAGAAGAACAAGCUGCCUCUAAUCAGUGUGAAGGGAGACUUGCUGUGCAGUCAGAAGGACUUCAGGAUCACUCUGUUUGUUCCUGGUGAUGAAGACAUGAUCCUCCUCUCUGUGAGGUCCGGACGGCUCCUGCAGGGGGAGGAGCUUCCCCCUGCAGAGCCCCUCCCCCCUGCUGCAGAGGCUCCGGCUGCAGAGGCUGAGGAUAUUGGAGGAGGAGACGCUGAUGACUUCCUGCCUCUGGAGGACAACAACAUGGACCAGGAGGAACACCAGGAGCACGUGCAGCGACAGCAGGCUGCGUCUGGAGGCCGGAUGAUCCUCAGACAGAGACUGGAGGACAACCAGCUGACGAGGAAGGAGGUGCCGCCCGCUGUGAACGUGUGGGCGUUGCACGACCCGUACGCCGUCUUCGGGGAGGACAAACCCUUUAAAUCAGGGAAAUGCUACAGGGUCCCCGAGGGUCUGAACGACGGCGGGAAGAGGAAGAGGAAACCAGCCUCUGCUCUGCAGGACUUCAGGAGCUGGUUCAGAGGGACCUUCGAUCCUCUGCAGCAGAAGAUGAAGAACGGACCCACGUUUGCAGACCUGAACUACAUCUACCUGAGAACGAUGAAAGACAGGCUGAAGAGCAGGAAGAGGGUCUACAGGAAGGCGGGCGUUGUUGUGUCUGACGAGGAGCUGAGGAGGACCUUCCUGCAGCCGGAGGGGGCGGGGCUUCAUCAGGGGGAGGAGCCUGAGGAUGGAGUCAUACCACCUGACAUGCUGGGUGGAGACGACGACCUCUCUGAUAACGAACAGGAGGCGUUUACUGACGGCGCUCCUGCAGAGUUUGGAGGAAGAGCAGACUUUGUGUCGCCAGACGCUCACAGAGACGAGCUGAGCUAUGAGGAUCUGGUGAAGCUGCGAGUCGAGCAGCUGGUGGUGAACUGCAGAGGCUACACUCAGGAGACGGCUCUGUCCCGCAGAGUCAAAGACUGGGAGGAUAAGAUCCGUCCGGAGCUGCAGCAGCAGGAGGAGCGUCUGGUGUUUGAUAUCCACGAUUACGGCGAGCGGAUUGUCGGCUCUCUGAACUCCGUCGGGCAGCGCAGAACCUUUGCUUCCAUCGUCGCUGGGAUGGACAACUUUGAGGCCUGCAAAUACCUGCUGGCUUCACUGCAGCUGGCGAACGACUACACGGUGGACCUGGACUCCGCGGGGGGGCCGGACUGUGAGCUGGAGGACCGGCUGGACUCCGCGGGUCUGACGCUGCUCAGCACUGAGAGGGCCAACGACAGAUUCAAGACCCUGAAGAGCUGCUGAAGUCAGACACUCAGAGGCUCUUAUUGUGACGGGGCACACAGCCACUUCCUGUCUGUCCAUGAAAAAAUAACAUGAAUCAUUAUCUGCUGUUUUUUCUCAAAUAUUUGUAAUAAUAAAUAUCCGUGUUUACUCAAGUCCGUCGUUUUAUCAAGGCCAAUAAAAACAGAUUUUAUUUGCAUUUAAA